AUUAUUAUUAUUAUUAUGGCUUCCGAAAGGAAAGAGGAGGUGUUUAGUAGCUCCGAUACCGAAUUAUGGAGGUCGAUAGGCCCGGUCACCGAGCUUUCCAAGAAGUCAUGCAGGUUGUUGUAUUCCUCUCUGGGCUACGAUUCCGAUCUCUGCCUGUUUCACGUCCAGGGUGAAUUCUUCUCCAUGGAUACCCGCUGCGCUCACGCUGGGGGGCCCCUCUGUGAAGGAGACAUAGAGGAGGCGGACGGAGUUCUCAAGGUGUUUUGCCCCUGGCACGACUAUGACUUUGACAUCAGGACUGGGGAAUCCCAAACCGGCUUGCAGCAACAAGUGUACGAGGUGAAGGUGGAAGACAGGCUGGUUUAUGUUAAGCACAGAAGCCAGCUGUCUCUGACUCCCUUUCCUGCAGCUGCAAAGGAAUGAACUGUAAAAGAAAUGGGGCUAACGGCAGUGACGAAAACACAAAACAGCAGUCACGCUGCGGAUUUGGGACCCAGUCCAGCAAGAUCGCAUUUGAUCUCUACAACAUUGUAUUGUAUGUCUCCCCAAUACACUUCUGAAAUGAGAAUUCAUUCAGUGGACAUCUCCGAAGUUUUCUAUGCACUAAUGUAUUCUCCACUGGAGCUGUCCUUAUCCCAUACCUCCAGUCCAGUGUAAAGAUAGACUGACUGUGUAGUUGUUGUUAUUAUUGUUGUUGAAAUGGAUCCAUUGUGCAUUGUAUCUACUGCAUUUGAUCUACCUCGUGUCAUGUUAAAUGACGUGUCAGCACUGGAGAUGGCAGUGAGUAUUACUCUUUCAAUUAAACAAAAUAAAUAAUAAGCGAUUCAGCUAAGCAAUAAAUAAAUAAAGCAUGUCAUUCCUAGUGCCGCAGCAUCACACUGAAGAUCUUUUGGGACAGGUUAGCAGGGUUAGAAUGUCACACUAGCCCUGCAACAAGUAAUGGUUUUCAGUGCGACCCUCAGCGUUAUUUUAAUGGUGCUGGGACUGGGGCAGGACUAGUGUGAGUGUCUUCUUACUGUACUCUUGGAUGUAUUGGAAACCCAGAUCUAUUUCUUUCAGGUGUGGAAUGUCUUUAAGCAAAGAGGAACAACUUCAGAUCAUUUUGGUGUGCGGUGCAGAUAGUCAACAGGGUGGGGUGUAAAUUGGGCAUAACAUAUUGCCUGUGAUUAAGACUGUAUUAUUUUUCAAGGCUAUCACAGAUUUCACAAUUUCGGUAAAAUCUACCCAUUGCCCUAUCAUGUAUAAUUCCCAUUUCUGAAAGAAUAGUGACAUAUUUUUUUAUCACUUAA